AUGCCUGGAUCGAGUGCGAUUUCAGGCCCCGGGGAGGGGCAGAGUCGGGCGGAGGCGGUGGGGGCGGGAAGUGGGGCUGGCGGAAUGAUGGAAAGAAUUGGAACAGCCGCGGCCAUCUCCUCGCCUUGGGACACAGAUAUCGACAGCCAAUGGGAUCGUUACACGUCUCUCUACCCCUCCACCCGCGCCGCAAACCUCUACGCCGGCGGCAGCGGCGCUAGCGACGCCGACGACUACGAUUCCGACUCAGACCGUUAUUAUACCUCGCGGUUCUCCCUAGACUCGAACUCCUCGGACGGGAGUCGCGUCAGCAGCAGCGGCGCGUCGUGCUGGGAAGCCGAGCUCGCGUGCGACCCGGUGUGGGUUGACGACGCUCGUUCGCGAAUUCGCAACGCGGCGCUCGCCGUGGUCGAAACGCAGCAGGCCGUCGCAGCGGCCAACUGGAUGAACCGAACCUUCGAGGACUUUUCGCACGACUGCCCAGCGGAAGCUGAUGCUGUUUGCGGCUGCCCGGCGGCCGCGCAGCCGUGCCAGCACGAUGAGCUCGCCGCCUCUUUCCGCGCUAAAUACGAAUCAGUGAAGACUACUAAAGCGCGCCAAGCCGCCUCGCCUGCACACCACGCAAAGAAGGGAUUCUUCGGCAAGACGAGCAAGCAGAGCAGCGCCGACGAAGCUUCGGAGAAGGUUUCUGUUUCCAGCAGCGUGGCAAAGGCGAAGGGCUCUCGCAAAGGCCUAGCUUCGUUCAUCGCCGGAUGGAUGUAA